CAUUUAAAUAAAAAGAAAAAAAGACGCUGGUUUUUCUUCAAACUCAAUAAACGAAAACGACAAAUCAAACUAUCAUAAAAACAAACCAGACCAGACAGAAAAAUUAGACCAACAAAAAUUAGCUUUCACCUAUUUAGCUGACGAAUUUACUAUCAAUUAUUUAAACAUUGGUAAAUGAAUCCCAACAUAACUAUUGAAAGAAAGCGCAUUGAAUGCAAUUCACUCCCAAAAGGAUGGCAACGAGAAGAAGUUCUUCGCAAAUCUGGCAUUUCAGCUGGAAAAGUUGAUGUUUAUUAUUACAGUCCCAGUGGUAAGAAAUUUGAUAGUAAACCCCAACUAGCCCGACAACUAGGUGAUACUAUUGAUAUAUCGGCAUUUGACUUCCAAUCUGGCAAGACAAUACAAAGUCUGCCACCGCCAUCCAUAUCCUUAAAUCGUUGUAGCGGCUCAUCGUCGAGCUCAUUGAAACGCAAGUAUAAAUGUCAAUUUGGGGCUGGAGUUGGAGCUGGAACCGGAGCAGCACCAGCGACUCCAUCACCGACAAUACCACCAAUUACAUCGGCAGGUGGAUUUGUUGGAUCGACAUCCUCUAGUUUCUCCCAUAACAUCUCAGCCACCAGUAGUAGCGGUAGUUCCUCACUUCCACCAUCGACUCUAAGACAACAUCUUGAGUUCAGCCGUGCUAUUCGCACAGAUGUAUCUCUUGUACCUCCUAUAAGACAGACAGCGUCAAUUUUUAAGCAACCCGUCACUGUUGUUCGAAAUCAUGAAAACAGUAAAGUGAAGCAUGAUCUUAAGAAUGGCAACCAAGAAAAACCAAAGCAGCUGUUCUGGGAAAAGCGUCUAGAAGGUCUACGAGCAUGCAAUAUUACGGGGGAGGAAUUUGAUAAUAUUGAGCUGCCGCGAGGUAUAAGGUCGGUGGGACCGAACGUAGACGAGCAAACCGUUUUGCAGUCCGUAGCCACAGCACUACAUGUGCAUAACCAACCUGUAACUGGGCAAACAUCUACAAAGACAGAACUGACAAAGAACUCUGGAGCAUUUUUGAACCCCGAUCAGCCGUUAAUGCAAUCUAUUGUUAUAUCUGAAGAUGAUAUCCGUCGUCAAGAAGACCGGGUCAGUGUAGCCAGACGAAAGCUUCAAGAAGCUUUAAAGACUUAAUAAUGCGGAUGGGACGUAUUGAAAAUGCUUUUUUUUAAUAUAAAUUUAUUGAAGUACAUAAAAACCAAGGCUAUUACUUUCUUAAAAAGUUAGCUUGCAUGUAAAAGAGUAGAAUUAUAAAAUGUAUAAUUUGUAUUAAAAUAAGAAACAUCCAAAUCAAA